AACUUUCAUUUGAUUCAAAGAAUCAGCCAAAAAAAAAAAAAAAACUCAAUUUUGAAUAGAAGCAGAGAGCAGCCAUGGCAACCUCAACUGCUAUUGCAGGCUUGGCUAAAUCCCCUCCCUUCCUCCCAACCCGCUCCCCAAAGCCAUCUCACCAAUCAGGCUUCAUAAGGCCUCAUGUUGCCAUAAGGAAUCCCUUAAGCCAGAAACUUGCUUCAGGUGGAAAGUUCACCUGUUUUGAGAGAAACUGGCUUCGAACGGAUUUCAGUGUGAUUGGUUUUGGCUUGAUUGGUUGGCUUGCACCGUCGAGUAUUCCGGCGAUCAACGGAAACAGCCUGACUGGACUAUUCUUCAAAAGCAUUGCAGAUGAGCUUGCUCACUGGCCAACUGGACCUGCACUCACCUCUCAGUUCUGGUUGUGGUUAAUCACAUGGCACCUUGGGCUUUUCCUUUGCCUCACAUUUGGGCAGAUUGGCUUCAAGGGGAGGACUGAAGAAUACUUCUAAGAUUCUUACUGAAUUUCUUGUGAUGUUUUUGUGUAUAACUAGAUUAUGUUAUCUUCUUGUUUCCUAAAUGUGUUGGCUUAUCAAUGUUUAUGAUAAUUUAAUCAGCAUUUUGCAGUUAAAUGUGCUUGAGGGAAGAUAGUUUAAGAUGGAUGAUCUACUAUAAAAUCCUUGUGUUGGACCAGCA